GCUUCAUUUCACAGACUCAAUCAUUUCUCCACCACCAUAUAAUUCUCAUGCACUAAUUCCGACCUUCUUCACUGCGUUUUCUGUUAAUCUUAACUAACUACUGAUUAUUACAACUAAAUCAAGGAUGGAAGAAGCUUUGAGAAGGCUUAACGGCACUCUCACAACUGACUCAGACCCUCUUCUUCAGCCAACCACCGCCGUCCCAAAGCGGUGCUCCACGAACAAGAGGUCCCUGAAAGACGGUUCCGCACCCUCAGGUGGUGGCAGCAUGAGAUACCGAGGCGUCCGGCGCCGUCCCUGGGGCAGGUACGCGGCGGAGAUCAGAGACCCUCAGACGAAAGAAAGGCGGUGGCUCGGCACCUUUGACACGGCGGAGGAGGCGGCGUGUGCUUAUGACUGUGCUGCCCGGGCUAUGCGUGGUGUUAAGGCGAGAACAAACUUUGUAUACCCUACUUCUCCCACACAACCUGCCUCUGAAAAUCACGUCCCUUCUUUCAACCAUGGGAAAUCAUCUCAGCCCUCCUCCAUAUUGGGUUCUCGCCAGUUGGUUUCAUCUUCGCCUCUCUCAAACCCUAAUCUUGAUUUUGAUGGAUCUUCCUUUAACUCUCCUAACAACAUGCUUCUGCUUCGUGACUAUAGUAACUGGUCGGCUUUACAUGAAAAAAUGCCUCCGUACUUUCUGAGCAAUUCUUGUUCCUCAACUCAGAAUGCGUUCAUGGGGUCUUCUUCUUUGGUUGAUCUUUCAUGCAACGCCACUUGUCAACCAACUUGCAUGAACACCGCCAUAGAUUCUGAAAUCAGCUUCAACAGUUCUUCUAUAAGCUCAUCAGAGGGUCUUGAAAACAACAGUUCUGAGCUGGUUUUAACAAGCGCUGCUUCCACUGACAAAGCCGAUCACUGCUUCGAUUUUUUCCUUACUGAGAGGUCUGGUUCAGGGUUAUUGCAAGAAGUCUUAAAUGGGUUUUUCCCUAAUUGCAAGGCGGAGCGGAAGGCUGAACCACCGCGGUCUACGGUGGACUCAUUUGCUCCUCCGGCACCGGCCGCUGAACAGAAGCAAGUGAAGGGUGACAGGGGUUAUGGGUAUGAAUAUCAAGGUUUCUCUACUGCUAAUUACGAAGCUGCUCAACAAUUUGAAAGUUUGAGUACUGGUGGCAAUCUCUUCGGUGUUGAAAAUGAAUUUCAGGGGUCUAAUAUUGAUCAGAUUAAUUCAUCAAACGGGAUACUUGGAGACAUAUCCCAUUAUCAGGAAGCUCUAAGUGUUUUUGCAGCUGCAGAAUGCUUCAACUUAACCUGGUGA